GUUAUGUGAAGCAGGAAGUUCUGUUUAAAUCCGAAUGCUCAUCUCACCUUACAUAAGAUGUUCAGAUGAUGUUGUUGGUUUUGGCUUCGGAACUAUAAUAUUAUAUGUAUGUAUUAUUAGUUACACAAAAAUAUGUAAUAACCUUAUCCUUAUAUUCCCCUCGCUUUGUGCCCUGUACGCCUUUAACCUCACUCUUCCUGUCCUUUGUUAUUCAUGCUCAAUAGCAAAGAAUGCUGUAGCUGUUUACCAAACACCCACAAGUGCAUGCAGACGCGCACACAGAUUCAAUCUGCAAAUUAAUACAAUAUCUGUUGCUUCGGCAUUUCCACAUCGACUUUGGUGACAAAUUAAGGGGAAAACCAACAUAUUCCCUCAUUCUGUGUUGUGAUCCAAAAAGGGUUCAGUUUGGUGGAGAUCUGGUGACUGCGAAGGCCAAAGGAUAUGAUUCACAUCAGAUUCAAACUCAUCACCAUUCAAUGACCCCACCACUUUGUGAAAGCAUCUUUUCUCCACUUAUUUAUUCAGGUUUUUCCUUUAAUGUUUUUCUCCCGCACUUUUCGCUGCAUGCUGGUGCUAAAUUGCUGAAAUGUAGUCUUUCCUUCUUUGAACGAGCAGAGCACAUUGCUGACAUCAUGGAGACAUUAGCUCCUCUCUAUCGACGUCACCUCAGCUCAAAUCUACUGACCCACAUGAGGAACAAACACAUGGAGCCCACCGAAUCCCGCCCUCUGAUUCAGCAUCCUGACCCUGUUGCACAUGCUGAGAUUGUGUUGGAGGGUACUUUGCCUCAAUACCUGGAUGGGAUCUGGUCACAUCGCCACCUACAGGUCACCAGCAGCUUUACAGUCGAGAGUCGUGAUUCCAAACAGGUAUUUGAAGGUGGUUGGGAGUGUAAGACAGAGUUGGUGCUUUCUGGCUGUCAUAUCUGCACCUUCACACAAGAGCAUCGUGAGUUAGUGGAUGACAUGUGCCGACACAUUAAAGGUAUGCUUUUAGCCUGCAGCUGCUAUUUAUUGUCUAUAGGUGGUUUGAACGCAUGGAUUGUUGCUAUUGUUCUAUUUUAUUCAAACAAGCACACUUUACUGUGUGUACAUGUCUGUGAUUUUGUGUGCAUGCACACUUCAGGUAAACCAGGUGGUAAACUGGCGUGUUGGAAUUGCCCCACAGCAUUUCCUGUCUUCAUACAGCAGCCUUACAGUGCCCCAGUGUGUCUGGCUGCUGCAUCGUAUCAGGAACAGACACGGUGGGCCAACAUACUACGAGCUGCAACACAACAUCAGAGCUCUGGUACAGUUCUUUUAUCACUGUUCCCAAUCAUCAGCCAGACAAAAUAUCGACAUGCUUCAAUGCCUCUUUUAAAGUUAUUCUGUUCGCCAUCCAUUCCCGUGAUUAUGUGUUGUCUGUUAGCACUCUGGUGUGAAGAUUCACCAGAGUCCAGGGCCUUCUUAGAUGCUGUGUCUUCCUUAAAGAAGCUCAGAGGAAACUGUCAAACAGAGGUCUAUCCAAUGGGCAGUGGGGAAGAGGUGUUGGUAAGCAUGGUGAUGGAAGAAGUGAUGCCCUACCUCAAGGAACAAGUAUUUCCCAGGAUUAUUAUACGUCACAGCAGGAAGAGGAAAGCCUGGAUAGGAUUGCUGUCUGAGGUCUACAGGACAGCAAAACAUCAGGUAAAAGCUGCCAUGGCUGCUCUGAAGGAGGACUUGUUACUUUAUCGUUCUGAUGUGGAGAAGCUGAUCUCUGCUGAACUGCAACAGGCCAGUCUGCUGCAAGACUACAUCACUCACACGAUCACAGAGGACAUGUGUGAGCCGAUGUUACAGUCUCUCCUACACAAGGUCAUCCCGAGUCUCGACCGCACUCUGCAGGAAGUGGAAACACCCACCUGUGAGGCAUUUGCUUCUAUCUGGCAAUACUUCCUGGAGAAAUGUGAUAGCAUCAUAGACCUGGGAUCAACAGGCACAUCAGUGAAAGAUAUCAAAAAAGAGGCGCUGACACCUCUGAGUGGCCUCGGACCAGAUGAUGCCAGGAUGUGGCAGUGCCUGGACAGGCUGGAGCUGAGCUCAGAGGGGCGUACGUGGCUCCAGGAGACAUGGGGGGUCCACAGUGGAACCUGGAGACCUUUGGUACUCAAAGCUCAGAACGCUCUCUACAAAGUGGUUGACAUGUGUGCUUUGAUGUUCUGGAGGUUGGUCGCUCGAUAUCCAUGUUUCUCUUUUGACUCUUCCCAGCUCACAGCAGUGCUUUGUAGGGUCAAAGAGAGAGUGAUCAAGCAGCUGGAUACAGAACUGUUGGCUCUUCGAUCUCAGUUCAUUCUGGAGAUGAGCCUGCAGAUAACACUGCCGGCAUUUACACGUGCUGUGGGUGAGCAGGAUCUGUCUCGGUACUAUGCCAUGGUGAACUCAGAACACGCCCUCUUCAUCCACCCUGACACCAUCUUCCACUCCAUCCUGAGAGACAACCUGUCCUCAUACAUCCAGUCGGUGAUGAGGUACUCCGUGCCACAGCAGUUCAUGCCUCUCCCUGUCAGUCCCAGCAACCCCUGCAGCUCCAGCUCUAGUUUCUCUGUGCCAGAGUACCAUGAGCUGCUGCCUCCUGGUGACUGCAGAUGCCAGCAGAGCUUCUGCCAACCCUCUAAAGGCUCCACCUCAGGAUCUGACACACUCAAACCAAACACCAGGUCUGAUUGGGAUGACACUCAGAGGCCACACCCCCUCACUGCUUGAUGCAGGAGAAUACAUCCAUCUCACCGAACCAUGGAGGAACUGUAGAACAGCACCUUAGAGUGGAGCAAUGUUUUUUUUUUACCCUAAAAUGUACCAUUAAUUAAAACUACAAAGUUUAAGGAAAAAAUAGAAUAUACUAAAACAUAAACCUGAUAACCUUACUGUACUUCGGAUACUGUAUUACAGUUAAGUAUAUUUGAGGUGAAACGAUUAAUCAAUUAGUCAAUGGACAGAAAAUUAAUCAGCAGAUAUUUUGAUAAUCAAUUAAUAGUUUAAGGGGUUUAUUAAGCAGAAAUG